AUGACUGAAGCCAAACAAGAUUUAAUUGAAUUAUCAACAAAUCCUUUAGAUGUAUGGAUAAAUACACAUUAUGAUGAAUUGUGCGCAGGUAUGAAGUGUAAAAAUGCGCUAUUCUGCAAACCAUCAGACAUGAAAGACAAAAACUUUCAAAUGAGCAUUAAGGAUAAAUGUGAUAGGAAACAAAGAAAAAUAGAUGGUAAACAGACAUGGUAUUAUGUUUUGAAAGAAGAAAUGAAAGGAUUAUAUAAACAGGUUGAACCAAACGAUAAUGAGGAUUCAUUUACUGACGAUGAAAUACCUGUAAAUGAAGCUUUAUAA